CUCUAUUAACCUGAGAUUAAUGUAUAUGUAAUAUAAAAAAUGGCCGCUUUCAGGAUUAAGCACGCUAUUAAAUUAGGAAGAUCUCUUUCGAGAUUGAGAUUAAAUAGAAACGUACAGGAGAAAUUACUUCAGUCACAAUGCCAACGAUUAUCAGUUAUUUGCAAUCAUGUACGAUAUUGGUCGUCUCAACCAGAGGCACAAACUACAGAGUAUCAUAAUAUUAUAAAAGACACAGAGAAAUCUAUAGGUGAAGGUGCUAAACAUGAAUUUCAGUCAGAGACACAAAUGUUACUACAAAUCGUCGCAAAGUCAUUAUAUUCGGAUAAAGAGGUAUUUGUACGGGAACUUGUGUCAAAUUCGAGUGAUGCACUGGAGAAAUUACGAUACCUACGUCUAAGCGACAAUGAAAUCGCACAAGCAGCUGGUGAAAGGAACUUAGAGAUACAUAUCGGAACUGAUAAACACAAUCGUACUUUAACAAUCCAAGAUACUGGCAUAGGAAUGACUAGAGAGGAAUUAAUAUCUAAUUUGGGAACUAUAGCUCGAUCUGGCUCUAAAGCAUUUCUAGAAAAACUGAAAGAACAAAACUCCAGUGAUACUUCCAAAAUUAUUGGACAAUUUGGGGUUGGGUUUUAUAGUGCCUUCAUGGUUGCUGAUAAAGUGGAAGUAUUUACAAAAUCUUUUGCAAGAGAUGCAGAAGGUCUUUGUUGGACUUCAGAUGGAUCGGGUACAUUUGAGAUUUCAAAUGCAGAUGGUGUGCAGCCGGGCACAAAAAUUGUUAUACAUUUGAAGCCGGAUAGCCGAGAAUUUAGUGAUGAGAAUACUAUCAAUCGUAUUAUCAACAAAUAUAGUAAUUUUGUCGGAAGUCCUAUUUUUUUGAAUGGAAAGAGAGUCAAUACAAUUCAGCCUUUGUGGAUGUUUGACCCGAAAGAUGUCACGCCGUUGCAACAUGCAGAAUUUUACCGAUUUGUAGGAAAUUGUAUUGACUCGCCAAGAUUUAUACUACAUUAUUCGACGGAUGUGCCACUGAGUAUCAAGGCUUUGUUAUAUUUUCCGGAGGAAAAACCUGGAUUGUUCGAUCUGGCGAGAGACGCUACUAGUGGAGUGUCACUCUAUAACCGAAAGAUUCUAAUUAAAAGCAAAGCAGAAAAUAUCUUACCAAAAUGGUUACGUUUCAUAAAAGGGGUGGUAGACUCAGAAGAUAUACCAUUAAAUCUAAGUCGCGAACUUUUACAAAAUAGCACAUUAAUCGGGAAAUUGCGAAAUGUAUUGACCGCACGUAUAUUAAAAUUCCUACACGAGCGAUCUACAAAGCAACCGGAAGAAUAUAACGACUUUUACAAAGCUUAUGGCUUGUUUUUAAAGGAGGGCAUUGUAACUAGUAAUGAUCAGUCUGAGAAGGAAGAUAUAGGCAAACUUUUGCGAUUUGAAUCUUCUGCUGCUGCUCCGGGAGAAUUAGUCAGUCUGCCGCAAUAUUGCAGCCGUUUGGCUAAAGAUCAAAAGGACAUAUAUUAUUUGUCGGCACCCAGCCGAACUCUGGCCGAGCAAUCGCCAUACUAUGAAUCUUUAAAAAAACGAAAUAUCGAAGUUUUGUUCUGUUAUGAGCCAUAUGAUGAAUUAGUAUUAAUGCAUUUGAGACAAUACAAAUCUAAUUUUUUGACAUCCGUGGAGAAAGAAAUGCGGGAUGAUACAGAAGCAAAUAAACCGGAAAAUUUAGGUAUUAUAAAUAAAGAUGAACUGGAUAAUCUCGUAAACUAUAUGAAGAAGAUUCUUGACAAGAAAGCGUACGACGUCAAGAUGACAAAUCGUUUGGAGUCACAUCCUUGUGUCGUGACUGUUCAAGACAUGGCAAGCGCGAGGCAGUUCAUUCGCAUGCAGAGUCAUCAAAUGAACGAGGAAAUGCGAUAUUCCAUGCUACAACCGCGUUUCGAGAUAAAUCCGAAUCAUCCUCUCAUCAAAAAGUUAUGUAAGAUAACAACUACGGAUACCGAAUUAGCCGAUCGAUUGAUACAACAGUUAUUCACUGGUGCUAUGGUUGGAGCUGGGCUAAUUGAAGAUCCGCGCAUAUUAUUGACACCAAUGAAUGAAUUACUUACCUUAGCAUUGAAAAAAUAUUAAGAUAGAAAAAGGUAAAAAAAAUCAAGCAUCGGAUAUGGAUAAAUCAAUACUACUCUAUGAUUUACUUAGAAAUAAAGAUUCUUUUUAUCUGUGUAUA